CGGCGCCGCUUUCUGGAAGGUUCGUGAAGGUGGUGGGCGCGUUCCGUUACUUGGUGACCGGUGGGAAUCCGUGUCCAUCCGUCCUUCCCGAUCCUUCACAGACUCAGCCAAGGUUGCCAUGCCAGAGAACGUGGCCCCCCGGGGCGGGGCGCCCACCGGGGUGACCGGCGGUCGCGGGAAAGGAGCCUAUCAGGACCGCGACAAACCGGCCCAGAUCCGCUUCAGCAACAUCUCCGCGGCCAAAGCUGUGGCUGAUGCUAUUAGAACAAGUCUUGGACCAAAAGGAAUGGAUAAAAUGAUUCAAGAUGGGAAAGGUGAUGUGACUAUUACAAAUGAUGGUGCCACCAUUCUGAAACAAAUGCAAGUGUUACAUCCAGCAGCUAGAAUGCUGGUGGAAUUGUCUAAGGCUCAAGAUAUAGAAGCAGGAGAUGGUACCACAUCAGUGGUCAUCAUUGCUGGUUCUCUCUUGGAUUCCUGCACCAAGCUGCUUCAGAAAGGGAUCCAUCCAACUAUCAUUUCUGAGUCAUUCCAGAAGGCUUUGGAAAAGGGCAUUGAAGUCUUGACUGAUAUGUCUCGACCCGUGGAACUGAGUGACAGAGAAACUCUGUUAAACAGUGCGGCCACUUCAUUAAAUUCAAAGGUUGUAUCUCAGUAUUCAAGCCUACUCUCUCCCAUGAGUGUAAAUGCAGUGAUGAGAGUGAUUGACCCAGCCACAGCUACUAGUGUAGAUCUCAGAGAUAUUAAAAUAGUUAAGAAACUUGGUGGGACAAUUGAUGAUUGUGAGUUAGUGGAAGGACUGGUUCUCACCCAAAAAGUGGCAAAUUCUAGCAUAACCAGAGUUGAAAAGGCUAAGAUUGGGCUCAUUCAAUUUUGUUUAUCCGCUCCAAAAACAGAUAUGGAUAAUCAAAUAGUAGUUUCUGACUAUGCCCAGAUGGACCGAGUGCUGCGAGAAGAACGAGCCUAUAUUCUUAAUUUAGUGAAGCAAAUUAAAAAAACUGGAUGCAAUGUUCUUCUUAUACAGAAGUCUAUUUUACGAGAUGCUCUUAGUGAUCUUGCAUUACAUUUUUUGAACAAGAUGAAGAUUAUGGUGGUUAAAGAUAUUGAAAGAGACGACAUUGAGUUCAUCUGUAAGACAAUUGGAACUAAGCCAGUUGCUCAUAUUGACCAGUUUACUGCUGACAUGCUGGGUUCUGCUGAGCUAGCCGAGGAGGUCAAUUUAAAUGGAUCUGGCAAAUUGCUCAAGAUUACAGGAUGUGCAAGCCCUGGAAAAACAGUUACAAUUGUUGUCCGUGGUUCUAACAAAUUGGUGAUUGAAGAAGCUGAGCGCUCCAUUCACGAUGCCCUGUGUGUGAUUCGCUGUUUAGUGAAAAAGCGAGCUCUCAUCGCAGGGGGUGGGGCUCCAGAAAUAGAGUUGGCCUUACGUCUCACUGAAUAUUCAAGGACUCUGAGUGGCAUGGAGUCCUACUGCAUCCGUGCUUUUGCAGAUGCUAUGGAAGUCAUUCCUUCCACACUAGCUGAAAACGCAGGGCUGAAUCCUAUUUCUACGGUAACAGAACUAAGAAACCGCCAUGCUCAAGGAGAAAAAACUGCAGGCAUAAAUGUUCGAAAGGGUGGAAUUUCCAACAUUUUGGAGGAGCUGGUUGUCCAGCCUCUGUUGGUGUCUGUCAGUGCUCUAACCCUAGCAACUGAAACGGUCCGGAGCAUUCUGAAGAUUGAUGAUGUGGUGAACACGCGAUGAUCUGGCUGGCACGCGCUGAGCAGCACCGCCGGCCGCUGCGGACUGCAGCUGGAGAGGAGGAGCGGCUCCUUGCUGCUUUUGUUUGAAAGAGUUGCUCUUUGAAUUCCUGGCCUUGGGCUUCCAGUUGGCAUUUGUUUAAAAUUGUACUGACACAGUUUAAUGAAAAUAUUAAAUAUCUGUUUGCAAAAGUUAA